CAGUGUGCUGUUGCUAUGGAUGUAGCGGAUGUAGUCUAGUCGUCCGACAUGACAGAUGGUGUUUGGAAAUACUGAUGAUAUGAUACAAAUGUAUGAUCAACGAUCGAUCGCUUAUUGUAAUCAAAUCUAAAUAAUGCAAUGUACCAGAUGAUUUCUUGUAGAUGAUGAAGUAGUAAAGUGUGAAAUAAACUAGAAAAACCAAAACAAGAGCUAAUGUUGUGACAUUUAAAAUGUACAUAAGUGAUUUGUGACGGCCACUUCAAACGCUAUCUGUGCCACUGUCAAGAUGUCGGUGGAGCUGGACGUAUUUGUUGGAAACACCACUAUCAUGGACAAAGAGGUGUAUCAGUUGUGGUUAAAUGGAUAUACAGUGAAUGAUGCCGUGAAAGUGCGAAUAGAAGGAGGCAUAAUGGAGGAGUGUGAGGCGAGUGCAGAAGUGCUGCUCAGUGAUACCAUGGAUCAGUACAGAACCUUCCAGAUGUGUGAAAGGCUUUUACACCACCCAGCUAAACUAGCCAAUCAGCUUCUGUUCCAGAUACCACCAGACAGGCAAGCCAUGCUCAUUGAAAGGUAUUAUGCUUUUGAUGAUGCAUUUGUACGAGAAGUCCUGGGAAAGAAGCUGUCCAAAGGAACAAAGAAAGAUCUUGAUGAUGUUAGUGCAAAGACAGGCAUUAUGCUAAAGAGCUGCAGAAGGCAGUUUGACAACUUCAAGAGAGUGUUCAAAGUGGUGGAAGAACUCAAGGGUCCCCUGGUGGAAAACAUACGGCAACACUUUCUGCUACCUGAUCAAUUAGCAAGGGAUUAUGCUGCAAUAGUAUUCUUUGCCAAUAAUCGUUUUGAGACAGGGAAGAAAAAGUUGCAGUACCUAACUUUCCAUGACUUUGCCUUCUGUGCUGGCCAGCUCAUCAACCACUGGACAGUAGGAGCUGUGGAUAAUAUGAUGGAUGACAUGGAUGUAGAUCUGGAUAAGGAAUUCCUUCAAGACCUCAAAGACCUUAAAAUUCUAAUCACAGACAAGGAUCUUUUAGACCAACACAAAAGUUUAGUGUGCACUGCUCUGCGGGGAAAAACCAAUGUCUUCAAUGAAAUGGAAGCCAAUUUUAAGAAUCUCUCAAGGAGCCUUGUGAAUAUCGCUGCCAAAUUAAUCAAUGCAAAAGAUGUCCGGGAUUUCUUCAUUGACCUUGUAGAAAAGUUUAUUGAACCUUGUCGGUCAGACAAAUGGACGUCAAUAGAUGUGAACCUCUACCUAAUCCAUUAUACUAACUCCGUACACAUACUGGACACUUUUAAGCACCAUGGUGUCUGGAAUAGGUACAUGGGAGUUAUCAAAAGUUGCAUCCUGAGAAUGUACCAUGAGUGAAGAAUCUCCAUUUCUCUCUUGUUCUUUCGCUUCAUGAUAACUCAUCUGCAUGCAGUCUAGAAUCUGAUAAAUGUUUGGCCUGAUGUUUAAUUUCCCUGUUUAUCAUUAUCUUUCUUUAAUCUAUUCCCAAAUAUGUCCCCCCACCUCUUGGCCUCCAGAAGUGUAUGCCUGAUGAAUAAACACAGCAUGCUUUC